UCUUGGUACAUAGACUAUAACUAUAAAUCAAGUCGGCAGUCCCAUACUCAUCAAUCACCAACGGCAAGCAAAACAUCCAAAGCUCCUCGAACAGAGUCACUUUCUCAUUUUUAGAUCAAUUGAAUCAGUCAGGAUGGUUUCCUUCACUUCCCUCUUCACAGGCCUCCUUGCCGUUGCCAGCGUCGCUGUUGCUACCCCAACUCCCAAGGCCGCAAAGCAGCCUGUUGUUACCUACCUUGGAAACCAGGGACCCAUCCUUUCUGGAGGAGCCUGGACUAGCAAGGGCAUAGUCUACACCUCUGGCACUGUUCCCUCUUUCAACGGCAGCAUUGUUGCCGGCGGAAUCGCCGAGCAGACCGCCCAAGUCAUCAAGAACCUUGCCGUCGUCCUUGAGGAGGCCGGAACCUCAUGGGAGUACGUCAUGAAGACCACUGUCUUCCUUGCCUCCAUGGACGACUACUCCGCCAUGAACGAGGUCUACGGCGCCAUGCUUCCUUCGCCCAAGCCUGCCCGUACGGCAGUCGAGGUCGGCAAGUUGCCCGGCAACUUCUUGAUUGAGAUCGAGGCCAUUGCAGCCAUCCCCGACAAAUGAGUCGGAGCUUAGUCGGAAG